AUGGAUGUGGACGACGGCGGCGUGGCGAGCCACAAGCCAGCAGAACGUCCUGCUGGGUUUGUAUCGCUCAUGGACUCGUCCUCUAUUAUGACGCGUCCAACAACGCCCCGUACGCCGUUUAUGCCUACGCCGCGGAAAAGGCAUAUACGGCCUGUGGUGCCUGUGUCUUUGUCUGCAUCGACGUCCACUUCACCUACCAAGACUGGCAGUCCAUUUCCGCCCAAGGCACAACCAUUACAAGAAAGUCUUACAGCUAACGAUGUACAUAUGGUAACGCCUGCGGUGUCGCUCCGCUCUCCUACGCGGCCGCCCACUGGACCCCGUGAGCUGCGCCCUGCGUCGGCGUUGGGCCCUACGCCGAGUGCACGGCCACCGCCGGAACGCACUACUUCACCUAUCCGGCGUACGUGCACCGCGUCGCCUACGCGCAAAGUGGUACCGACGGACCCACCUGCCCGCACAGUACCUCCCACACGCCCUGCGACGUCCUUGGCCGUGAGCCGCCUUCCUUUUACAUCGCGCACGCCAGGCUCCUCGUCGAGCGCUGUUGCGUCGACAUCACGACCUGUCCGUGCCAAAGUGACCGAAGGUAUUUUGCCUGUGCACUCCGCGCCGGACCUACGAAAACCGCCUGCCUCGACGCGGGCUGUUCGCGUGGGCGAUCGGCCUAUGCCAGCGCGACUUCCUCGUCCUCCUUCCCCCAGUGAACGCAUUGAUGUACUUUCCCUCGCUAGUGAAAUUGGUGAAGGCUCUUUUGUCCUGCAUCAAGAUGAUACCCCUAUUGCAGACUCUGUGCAAGUGCAUGUACGAGUACGCCCCCCGCAUGAAGAAGAAGAGUGUGCGUGGGUUGUGGAUCCCGACUCCGCGACGAUCAUGUUGGAUCCUGCUAUUGCGCAAACCAAGGCGCAGCCCAAUGUAGGCCUGCCCUACCAUCUUGAUGGUGUGCAUACGGGCAGCUCCAAUGCGGAUGUCUAUACUACAAUGGCACGGCCUCUGGUUCAUUCUGUCUUGCAUGGCUACCAUGCAGUGAUCUUUGCAUAUGGCCAAACGGCAAGUGGCAAGACCUUUACCUUGUCUGGGGAUGAAGAUGGGCUGGAACCUGGUGUGAUCCCUCGUGCGAUCCAUGACCUGUUCCAAGGUAUUUGCCAAGGCGCUGGCGAGCGUGAAUAUUUACUACGUGUCAGCUAUUUGGAAAUAUGGAACGAGAUUGUGAAGGAUCUUUUGGAGCCUACGAACCAUCCGUUUGUUCGUGACGAUCGACGACUCGGUGCCAACGCUGUGCGUGUCGCGCCCCUGCAUGAAGCUGUGGUGACUUCGCCUGCGCAAGUCUUCCGCUUACUAGCGCGAGGCGAAGCGAAUCGGCAUGUAGGUGCUACGGAUUGGAACGAACGAUCGUCACGCAGUCACACCUGCUUCAAAAUUACUGUCGAGUCGUGGGAUCGGGAUCCCAGUGCCCCGAAACCAUACCGUAUUGGUGAACUGUCGUUGAUUGACCUGGCAGGGUCAGAAAGGCAUUCCAUGCACAGCACGAACCGUCGUGCUGAAGGUGGCAAUAUCAACAAGAGUCUCUUGAGCCUGGGCAAGGUCAUCUACGCGCUCUCGGAAAAAAGCCAUCGAGGCGCCGCGAUGGCCAAUGCGCAUAUUCCCUACCGUGAUUCCAAACUCACACGCAUUCUGCAAAACAACCUCAACGGCCAUGCACGUAUUGCUGUGGUAUGCACGCUCAAUCCUAGUCCCACAAUGGUGGAAGAGAGUUUGUCUACGCUGAACUUUGCUCGUCGCAUUAAGCAUGUGGCUGUGAAGGCAGAGCGCAACGAGUACGAUGGCGAUCUUUCCUCGCUGGACGAAUCGCAUGCUCUCCUGGCACGUUAUAAGGAGGAGAUGGGUACUUUGCGUGCGCAAGUGGCUGAACUACGCACCGCAUCGCAGGACACGUCGGGCAUCGGCCCACCCUCGCUGCAAAGCGUGCAAGCGAGGCUCGACGAGUUGGGUGCUUUGAUUUUGCAGAGUGGUAUGGCCUCGGCUUCGAUUCACGAUGCCGGGCCUCCCCAUCCGGUCUCCCCAGCAAAGCAGCGCGGAUUUACCUUUGACGAUCCACUAACGCGCGUCCAGGAAAAACUGCACGCGGCACUCAAUAAGAUCCAUCGAUUGGAAAAGCAGCUCGCGCGACGGCUGUCGCUUCCUGCUGCUGCUGGCUCCGACGAGGCGGCCAAGAACGAUUUAAUUCGCGACUUGAUGCAUCAAAUCCGCGAGCUGGAAACCGUGUGUGACGCACAAGCCCAAGAGGCGCCUCGCCAAGUGCGCGAGGACGUCGAAGCGGAAUGGGCGGAUCGCGUGGCGAUGGCCGAUGAACUGAUCCAAGAACGUGAUGCGUUUAUCCAGGAACUUAGCCAGGAAUGCCGCCGUUUACGUCGUGCAAACGAGGCACUUACGCGCUUAGCUCACGACCAAACUGCUGCGAUGGUCGAGCAGAUCGCCGCCGUGGACAAGCCGCCUGUGAUGUCGCUCUUUGCGCCGCACCUACGCCCAGCCACCGUGCUUGGCGUGCAGAAACCUUUGAGAGCCACGGAUCUUAGUAUUGAUACAGGUUCGUCUACGUCAGGCACCGAGGACUUAUCGUCCAGCGACGUGGACGAGUUGCUGGAAUCAGCUAUGUAG